UUUUCAGCACACAUAUGUGUUUGCGUCGACCACAACAUUGUAGCUAAACAUCACGCGCUCACUCAACGACAAAUUCGCCGCUCUCGCUCACAGUCUCUCUCUUACUCUCACACCAUGUUCUCACUACAGCAAUUGAUCAAAACGACAGCCGCAGCGUCGCAAGGUGGCAGCAGCGUAGGUGGCGCUGCUGAUCUAUACAAGUUCCUUAGGCAACUCAGCAGCAGCUGCAGCGGCAGCAGCGUCGCGAGCACACGCGGCGUGACGUCAUCGGCAGCAGCUGAAGCUACAACUACAGCAAUACCAAAGCAAUCUAGUCAAGCACCGUCAAGCGAAUUCAACUUCAGCGACAGCGUCAGUCACAAUUCGCCUUCGAUAGCGCACGGUUGCUGUCCGAACGAAUCGAAUUCGGAGUCGGCGCACUUUGUCAAUUUAUCAAAGCAAUUUGUAAGCAAUUUACUGCAGCAGCGCAGCCAGGACAUACAGAGACAGCUACACACGCAGCGCAGCGAGAAUAACGCCAAAUCCUCGCAUCCGCAGCAGCAGCAGCAACAACAACAGACAACCACAAAGUUUGCCAUGUCCUCACUGGCAGCGGAGCCUCUCCAGGCGGAAAUCUCCACCAGCGAAGGCAGCAGCAUAACAGCUGCUGCGGCAGCAGCUGGCGAAGGCGCCGCCUGCCACGACGCAGCCUCCAGUGCGGAAAAGAAGCCCUGCUUCAGCACGGGCCUCGCAGACAUUCUGCAGUUUAUGGAGCUCAUUGGAAACCUGAAACAUACUAAACGCACCGGCUGGGUGCUGCGGGACGUCAAUGACUGCGAGUCCAUCUCGGGCCACAUGUAUCGGAUGAGCAUGCUGACCUUCCUGCUGGACGGCAGCGAGGGUCUGAACCAGAUACGCUGCAUGGAGCUGGCGCUGGUGCAUGAUCUGGCCGAGAGUCUGGUGGGCGACAUAACGCCCUUUUGCGGUAUAUCCAAGGAGGAGAAGCGCGCCAUGGAAUUCAAGGCCAUGGAGGACAUAUGCAAGCUGAUUGAGCCGCGCGGCAAACGCAUCAUGGAACUCUUCGAGGAAUACGAGCACGCGCAAAGCGCCGAAUCCAAGUUUGUCAAGGAUCUGGAUCGCCUGGAUAUGGUCAUGCAGGCGUUUGAGUAUGAGAAACGUGACAAUUGCCUGCUCAAGCAUCAGGAGUUCUUUGACUCCACGGAGGGCAAAUUCAAUCAUCCGUUUGUGAAGAAGCUGGUCAACGAGAUCUACGAGCAGCGCCAGCUGCUGGCCAAGGCCAAAGGUGCCACACCGCCGCCGGCCAUUAUAGUGCCUGUCAUGGAAGCCGCCGCAACGCCCACAAAUCUGGCCAAUGGGCAUGGCAGCUCAAGUUGAAGCAGAUAAAUGGGGGACCACUGCACUAUGACGCUGUAACUGUUUUAAGUUCUGAAAUUUAGGCUUAGCACAUACACACACACACACCCACACACUCACACAAACACUUUAUUUGUAAGCAGCUCCAACUAACAAAGAUUGUUCAGCCUACCUCGACACGCUCAUAGUUAGAAUUUAGAUAUAUAUUUAUAUAUAUCUAUAUAUGCAUAUAUUUAUAGUUUUAAUUUAUUUAACAAUUUACGUAACUCCCUGUCUUUAGCUUAACUACCUGACACCAUUUGUUAAA